AUGGAGGCCCUGCUGGCCGAGGCGGGGGCGCUGGGCAAGGACGCGGCGAAGGAGGAGCGGAGGGACGUGUGGCAGCGAUGCGCGGAGACCGCUGCGCGCGAAGGCCUCGCGGGCAAGCACGAGGAGGCCGUCAAGGCCGUGUGCGACACCCUCGGGCCCUUCAAGGGCGACCCCGCCGCGCAGCACGCCGUCGAGGCCUUCGUGCGCACCGCGGUGAGCGAUGCAGCCUUCAUGAAGACCCUUGCUGGAAUGCUCGUCAAACUGGAAACCAAGGCAGCGAAGAUGUCCGCGUGCCAGUGCCGGACGGCGGCGGCGUGGGCGGCGAGCGUGCUGGGCGCGCUUGAGCUGCCCGCGAUGGCCAAGGCGGCGCGCGCCCUCUGCGCCGCGCAGUGCUCGCUCCUGGACGCGGCGGUCACCGCCGACCCGACGGCGGCGCUGCGCUGCGUGGACAUGGCCGUGCGGUGCGCCGCGUCGCGCGACGACGCCCUCCCGGACAUGUACCGCGCCGCCGCGGACGCGAAGCAGUCCACGACCGCGCUCCUGGCGGGCUGCAGCGAGCGCGACGCGCUGCUGACCGCGUACGUGGAGCGCGUGCUCGGGCCGCGGCAGCCCGCGCCGGCGGGGAUCGUCGCGUGCUGGCAGCGCUUCGUGGAGGAGCUCGAGGGCGACGACGUCGCGGCGAAGCUCGCGGCGGCCGUGGGCCGGCAGAUGAAGCGCUCGCCCGAGGUGGUGCUGGCGCCGCUGGCGGGGCUGCUCGCCGGGCUGCCGUCCGCGGACGACGCGUUCGCGGUGGUCGACGGCGCGGUCGCGGAGAUCACGGCGCAGCUCAGGCACGCGGACGAGGGCCGGCGGGAGCGCUCCGCGGCGUGUCUGGGCGCGAUGGCCGGGCGCGCGCGCACCGAUGCGGAGCUCGCGCUGUCGUUCGGGGAGGUGGUGCGCGGGAUGGAGAGCAAGGCGUUCAAGACGGUGCUGGAGAAGUCCGGCGCGCUGCUGGCCAUGGCGCGCGUCGGCGAGGCCGCCCCGCGCGCGCUGGAGUGCCCGGGUGCCGCAGCGACCGCGUCCGCGCUCCUGGCGACGGCCGCGAGCGCGGAGGCGAACGAGGGGCUCAAGCUGACCGCGCUGCGGGCGCUCACGUCAUGGGUGCCGCGCUGCCGCGGCGGCGUGCCCAAGGAGGUCGAGGCCCUGGCGUCGGCGGGCCUGCAGACGAAGGACGCAGUGCUGCGUGCGAAUCUGGCGGCAGUGUGCGCGGCGGUGUCGGCGCCGACGGGCGCGGCGGACGCGCUGGCGGAGAUCGCUCCCGCGCUGUGCAAGAUCACGGCCGAGGGCCACGCGAAGCCGACGAAGCGCGCGGAGGGGGUGUAUAGCCUGACAGCGCUGGCGCACCUGGCGGUCGCGCAGCCGUCCGCGCUCGACGCGAUGAGCUCCGCGGGGGUCUGGCCGGCGUACCUCCAGGGCGAUGCGCCGCUCGUCUCCGCCGCGACCGCCGCGAAGCUCUCGGGCGGCGAGUGCCAGGCCGCCGCCCAGCUCGCAGCGGUCCUCCUGUCCCCGGGGGGACUCCUGACGCACGCGCGCGCCGCCGACGGCGUCGUGCCCGCCGCAGCAGCGCUGCUCACCGCGUGCAUGGCGCACCGCGACGCUGCCGUGCGCCGCCUGGCCCACGACCGCGCUGCCGCCGUGCUGGUGCAAGACCCCGCACUGUCCGGGACGCUGGCCGGCGCGCUACUGGCGUGGAUGGACGACCCGACGGCGCUGCACACGCUCCCCGAGGGCGAGGCCGCCGCGGGCGAGGCGCUCGCGGACGCCGCCGUGGCGUGCGCGCCGCGCUCGCUGCAGGGCGUGCCUGCCGACGCCUUCGCGUCGCUGCUGCUGGCCCUGCACUGGCCGAUCAAGGUCGAGGGCGAGAACGGCGGCACCCCGCUCCACGGGCUGCCCGACGGGGCCGCCGCGUUCGUCGCCGCCAACGCCGCCGCGAUCGCCACCGUCCUGAGCGGUGAUGCCGGGCUGGGCGCGCAGGGCGACGCGCGCGCCGCGAGGCGCUCGGCCGCCUGCAACGCGUUCGGCUCGAUGCUCGGGCUCGCCGCGGACGCGACGUAUCCGCUCGCGCUGGAGCGCGCGGCGCGGCUGCUGGACCGCACCGCGCACGACGGCAUGUCGCAGAUGGACGUGCUGAUCUACAACGCGCCGGAGGGCACGCUCGCGGCCGACACGCUUCCUACGGGGGCAUUCCUGCCGGAUCUCGGCAUCGAGGGCGUCGAGGUGAAGCUCACGGCGGUCGGGAAGGUCGCAAAGGACCGCGGCAUUGACGACGACGACGACAGCGGCAGGAAGGCGGGCGGCGGGGCGGGGCGCGGCAAGGGGCGCGGGGGCGCGGGAGGGCGCGGGGGACGCGGGAAGGGCCAGGUGGAUGCGCAGGAGGCCGCGCGGCUCGCGGAUCUGGCCGAGGAGGCCGCCGUGCGCGCGCGCCUGGUGGAGAUGCGGAAGACGCUGGAUCUGGGGUUGGAGUUGGUGGGCGCGAUGGCGAUCGGGGCGCCGACGUUCGUGGCGGACCGGCUGGACGAUCUGGGCCCGCUGGUGACGCCGCUGCUGGCGUCGCCGGUCGUGGGGGACAGCAGCGCGUCGGAGUGCUCGGCGCUGCUGGCGGGGUCGCUGCCGGACCCGCUCGCGGAGCACCGGCGCGCGGUUGGGCAGGCGCUGCGCAUCGUCGCGGUGGAGGACGACCCCACGCGGAACGACGCCGUCGUCGAGGCCGUCAAGGCGCUCGCGGGCGCCGUCGCAGCCACGCGCCGCCCGCUGCCGUCGCCGACGUACCACUUCGUGUUCCCGGUCCUGCGCGCGGUCCUCGGGAUCGCGCGGCACUCCCCCGCGCACGAGCCCGCGCUCGACGUCGUCGCGCGCCACGCCGCACCGGGGAUGGACGUGCCCCGCGCAGAGACCCUGCGCCAGCUCUACGCGCUCGCCGCGGCCGUCCCGGCGUUCCGCGACCGCAUCGAGCCCGUCCUGCACCAGCUGUGCGCCGGGUGCGACGACGACGAGCUGCUCCCGGCCGCGCGCGGGCUGCUCAGCCCGGCCGCGUUCGUGCGCGCCAUGGCGCUGCGCGCGCUGCCGUCCGCGCCGUCGCUCGGCGAGGGCGUGCCGCCGGCGGACCCCGCCGUCGUCGUGCUGCUGCUCAUGGCCUGCAACGACCCGUUCCAGGACAACCGCGCCCCGGCCACGGCCCUGUGGGCACAGUCGGGCUGCACCGUGCCGGAGGACUUCUGCGCGGCGCUCCUCCCGCACGUGUGCUCUCCGCACACCGACGUCCGCGAGGCCGCCGCUGCGAGCCUGUCCGCCGCGCUCGCCGACCACCCGACCGCCGCAGAGCAGACGCUCACCUCGCUCCUCGCGCUGUACGCGCCGGGCAGCGCCGACGCGCGCGCCGCCGACGUCGCCGCGCGCCUCGGGUGCGCCGCGAGCCUCGCCGCGUGCGCGCCGCAGAUGCCGCCCGCGCAGAUCAUGCGGGGGGUGUCCUUCCUGCUGUCGACGGGCCUCGCGGACCCGGACGAGUCGGUCCGCGCGCGCAUGUCGGAGGCCGGCGUGGCCAUGGUGGACGCGCACGGGGGCAGCGUGGGCCGCGAGCUGCUCCCGCUGCUCGAGGCCGCGACCGCGCGGGACGCGAGCGGCGCGGCGGCAGACCAGGCCACGGCCGACCUGGUGCGCGAGGGCGCGGUGGUGAUGCUGGGGACGCUCGCGCGGCACAUGGACGACCAGGGCAAGAUGCGCGGCGUGGUCGAGGCGCUCGUGGAGGCGCUGGGGAUCCCGAGCGAGUCGGUGCAGCGCGCGGUGUUCAAGUGCCUCGCGCCGCUGGUCGCGCGGCUCAAGUCGGACGCGGGGUACGCCGAGGAGCUCGUCGGGCGCAUGCGCACCAUGACGCUGCAGGACCCCGCGUACGGGCGGCGCCGCGGCGGCGCGUUCGGGCUUGCCGCCAUGGUCGUGGGCCUGGGCAUCCCGAGCCUGAAGACGCACGGCAUCAUGGACGCGCUGUGCGCGGGCGUGGAGCACAAGCGCGACGCCAGGCAGCGCGAGGGCGCGCUCUUCGCCUUCGCGGCGCUGUGCGAGUCCCUGGGCCGACGGUUCGAGCCGUACGUCAUCCACCUGCUUCCGCGGCUGCUGAACUGCUUCUCGGACCCCGCGGAGGAGGUCCGCGAGGCCGCGGACGAGGCCGCGCGCGCGAUCAUGGCGCACCUGUCGGCCCACGGCGUGAAGAUGGUGCUCCCGGCGCUGAUGCGCGGUCUGACCGACUCGGCGUGGCGCACCAAGCAGGGCUCCGUGCAGCUCCUGGGCGCCAUGUCGCACUGCGCGCCCAAGCAGCUGUCGUCGUGCCUCCCGCAGAUCAUUCCCCGCCUGUCGGAGGUCAUCACGGACCCGCACACCAAGGUGCAGGCGGCGGCGCGCGGCGCGCUGAGCCAGAUCGGGGAGACGAUCCGCAGCCCGGAGAUCAAGGAGCUCGUGCCCGUGCUCCUCGGCGCGCUCGCGGACCCGCGCGCGGACAUCCGCCGCCCGCUCGACGCCGUCCUGACCACCACCUUCGUCAGCACCGUCGACGCGGCGUCGCUGGCGCUCAUCGUGCCCAUCGUGUCGCGCGGCCUCAAGGACCGCGCGGGCGACGUGAAGAAGCGCUCCGCGCGCAUCGUCGGCUCCAUGUGCAACCUCCUCACCGACCCCGCGGACAUGGCGCCCUACCUGCCGCCGCUCAUGCCCGACCUGCGCAAGGGCCUCGUCGACGCGUCCCCCGAGGUGCGCGCGACCUGCGCCAAGGCCCUCGGGUCGCUCGUCCGCGGGAUGGGCGCGGCGCCGAUGGGCGACCUCGUCCCGUGGCUGCUGAGCUCGCUGCGCAGCGACGGGUCGUCCGUGCAGCGGCAGGGCGCCGCGCAGGGCCUCGCGGAGGUCCUCGCGGUGCUCGGGCCGGAGAACCUCGAGGCGCUGCUGCCGGAGGUGUACGUGAGCUGCCGGUCGGGCUCCGCGGCGGUGCGCGAGGGCCACCUCGUGCUCCUGCGCUUCCUGCCCAUGACCCUGGACACCGACUUCCAGCCGCACCUGUCCGCGACGCUGCGGUGCAUCCUCGACGGGCUCGCGGACGAGGUGGAGUCGGUGCGCGACGCCGCGAUGAAGGCCGGGCGCACGCUCGUGGAGAUGUUUGCGCUGUCGAGCCUGACCAUGCUGCUCCCCGCCGUGGAGGGUGGGGUCUUCAACGCCAACCACCGCAUCCGGCAGGCGUCCGUGGACCUCCUCGGCGAGCUCCUGUACCGCGUGUCGGGCCAGACCGGCCGCCUGAUGUUCGACGACGCCGCGGCGGGCGACGACGAGGUGGGCAUGGGCACGCAGCUGGCGCCCAGCGUCAUCACGGACCGGCUCAUCGCCAAGCUCGGGAGCGACCGCUGGGAGUCGAUCCUCGCGCGGAUCUACAUGGCGCGCGCGGACGUCGCGCUCGGCGUGCGCACCUCGGCGCUCAACGUCUGGAAGGUCUUCGUGAGCAACACGCCGCGCGUGCUGAACGAGAUCCUGCCGCGGAUCAUGCAGCUGGUGAUCGGGAACCUGGCCGACCCCGAGGAGGAGCGCCGGCUCAUGGCCGGGCGCGCGGUCGGCGAGCUCGUCAAGAAGAUGGGCGAGCGCGUCGUCGCGCGCGUGGUGCCCAUUCUGCGCAACGGCAUGACCUCGCCCGACACCGCGACGCGCCAGGGCGUCUGCUACGGCCUCCGCGAGGUCCUCGAGUCCAUGGGCCGCCAGCAGCUCGCGGAGCACCUCCCCACGCUGCUCCCCGCCGUCCAGGCCGCGCUCGUCGACCAGGACGAGGACGUGCGCGAGGCCGCCGGCGGCGCCUUCUCCUCGCUCUUCCGCGGGGGCGCCGCCUCGGUGGUCGAGAACGUCGUCCCGGGCCUCGUCCGCCAGCUCGGGUCCGCGGAGCACGCCGCGAACGCGCUCGAGGGCCUCCGCGUCAUCCUCGGCACCAAGCCGCGCGCCAUCGACUCGGUGCUGCCGCGCCUGCUGCCCAAGAACUCGGCGCCCGAGCAGGCGCACGUGACGGCGCUCGCGCAGCUCGCGCCCGCGGCCGCCGAGGCGCUCCCGCGGCACGUGCCGUUCGUCCUGGCGACGCUGCUCCCGCUGGCCUCGCGCGCCGACGCGGCGGGCGCGGGCAUGGACGUGACGGCGCUCGAGGCGCUCGUCGCCGUCGCGACCGCGGUGUCGAGCGAGGCCGAGACCGAGAUCUACCCGCUCGUGUCCGAGCUCGUGCGCGCGCUCGAGCGCCCCGAGACGCGCCUGGGCGCCGCGAGGCUGGUGGGCAGCUGGGCCAAGGCGGCGCGCACCUUCGACCUCUCGGAGCACGUGCCGCUCCUGCUGUCCUCGCUCAUCGCGCUCUUCUCCGCCGACGACCCCGCGGUCCUCGCCGCCGCGCUCGACGCCGUCCGCGCCGUCACCGCCACCCUCGAGAAGGAGGUGCUCCCGGCGCACGUGCGCAUCGUGUGCGACGCCGUGCAGACCGCGCGCGACGCCCAGCGCCGCAAGGAGAGCAAGGCCGCGCUCCCCGGCGCCGCCGCAGACCAGCCCGUCCUCAUCCCGGGCCUCUGCCAGCCGCGCGCCCUGCAGCCCCUCCUGCCUAUCUACCUCCAGGGCCUCCUCGCGGGCGCGUCGUCCGAGGUCCGCGAAAUGGCCGCGAACGGCCUCGGCGAGCUCGUGGCCGCCACGAGCGCGGACGCGCUGAAGCCGUUCGUCGUCCAGAUCGCCGGGCCGCUCAUCCGCACCGUCGGCGACCGCUUCGUGCCGGAGGUCAAGGCCGCGGUGCUGGGCGCGCUCGGCGUGCUCGUCGCGCGCGGGGGCGCCGCGCUGAAGCCGUUCGUGCCGCAGCUGCAGACGUCGUUCCUCAAGUGCCUCCACGACGGGUCGAAGCCCGUGCGCGACCGCGCCGCGGUCAACCUGGGCGCGCUGGCCGCCAUGUCGCUGCGCGCCGACCAGCUCGCGGGGGACCUGGCGACGCAGGCGGGGACCGUCGACAGGGCCGUCGCGCAGGCCAUGCUCGCGGCGUUGCGCGGGCUGCUGCUGUCGUGUGGGCCGCGACUCAAGCCCGAGACGCUGGCGAAGGUCGGGGGCGCGGUCGCGGACAUCCUGCGCGCGCAGAACGACGAGGACGCGCUGCUGCGCGUCGGCGCAGCCGGGUGCCUCGGCGCGUACGCCGCGUGCUGCGACGACGCCGCGCUGCAGGGCCUCCUGGGCACGUGGGUGCUGGACGCCGCGCCCGUGGAGACGUGGCACGGGGUGAACCGCGCGGCCGUGCUCGCGGCCGCCGCAAAGCACGCCGCGCAGCGCAUGCUCGGCGCCGCGGGCCCGCGCGAGGUGGGCGCGGCGGUGGUGCGUGCGAGCAGGCACGAGCGCGACGAGGCGAAGAAGUGCGCGGGGCGCGCGCUGGCGGCGCUGGCGUGCGCGGACGCGGACUUCCUGGAGCACGUGCAGCCCGUGCUGCCGACGCUGCUGGGUCCGGACCAGUUCAGCGACGUGCAGCGCAGCGCGCAGUGCGCCAUCCGGCACGUGGCGCAGGCGCACGCGACGGCGCUGGAGGCGCAGUGGGGCGAGCUGCUGCCGCCGAUGGUCGCGCUGGCGACGCUGAAGAGCGGCCCGGACAAGCUGUACGCGGAACGCACGCUCGGGCGGCUGCUGGGGCUGGCGCAGGGCGACGAGGGGCACGUGCUGCAGUACGCCGGGGGCGGCGCGGCGUCCAGCGGCGUCAGGACGCACCUCACGCCGGCCAACGUUGCCAAGUACGCCAAGUACGCGCAGCAGGGCGGGCCCGAGGACGACGUCUUUGAUGAGGACGAGUGGUGA